UCGAGUAUGAAUAUAUUUUCUUCAUUUAUUUCCCGCGCUACAUGAUCUUCCAUGGACAUUUCAUCAAACACCAUAACCGCAUCCUUCACCUUCUCCAAAUCUGCACAAGAACUCCUUCCCUUAGCACAACUAAACCUCUCCAUGCACUCUCUAUCACACUCGGCCCAAACCCAACUCAACCCACUUAUCUUCCCAACAACAUCAUCUCCUUAUACACAUCUCUCAAUGAAUUACGCCUUGCACGUAAGGUGUUCGACAAAAUGCCGGAAAGAACCAUCGUAUCGUAUAACUCAAUCAUCAGCUCUUAUUGUAAGAAUGGCUGUCUAGAAGAAGCUUUGGGUGUUUUCUUUCGUAUGAGAGGUUGUGGGUUUUGCCUCAAUAACUUCGCUUUGGCUGGAUUGUUGUCAUGUCCAAGAAUGGAUAUUUCAAUUGGGGUUCAAUUAAUGGCAUUGGCUAUCAAGUAUGGACUGUUGGAUAGCGAUGCUUAUGUGGGUACUGCUUUGAUCGGUGUAUUCGGAAGACGGGGAUGGUUACGUGAGGCUUUCGAUGUUUUUGAGGGUAUGCCUGUUAAGAGCUUAGUGACAUUGAAUUCUAUGAUAUCUUUGUUUGGACAUCAUGGCUAUGUUAAAGAUUGUAUGCUUUUGUUUUGUGAGCUUGUUGGGGAAGUGAAUUGUUUGUCGGAAGGCUCUUUUAUUGGUGUUUUAUCUGGACUUGUGUGCGAGGAAGAUUUGGUAUUUGUAGAACAAGUGCAUAAUUUAGUGAUCAAGAGUGGGUUUAGCUAUACGGUUUCAGUAGUGAAUUCUCUUAUCGGCGUGUAUGGAAAAUGUGCAGGAUUAUACCAAGCAGAGAAAAUGUUUCAGGAGGCUGAAGAUUGUCGGGAUAUUGUAACAUGGAAUACGAUGAUUGGUGCUUUGGCAAAAAGUGAGAGACCUGUUAAAGCUUUAGAAUUUUUUUAUAAAAUGUCGAAAGAUGGAAUCUUGCCUAAUCAAACAACAUUCGUGAGUCUCAUUAGCUCUUGUGCCAAUUUACAGAUUCGUAUGUAUGGAGAAUUCGUCCAUGCUAAAGUAGUAAUGAAUGGUCUCGAUAAUGAUGUGUACUUGGGUAGUGCCUUGAUAGACUAUUAUGCAAAAUGUGAUAAAUUGGAUGAUGCUAGGUGUUGUUUUGUCAGUAUUCAUGAGAAGAAUGUUGUUUCUUGGAAUUCUUUAAUUCUGGGUUAUGCAGAUAAAUGCUCUUCUGUUGCUAUUUCUUUGUUGAUGGAAAUGAUUCAAUCUGGAUACCGGCCUAACGAGUUCUCAUUUUCAGCUCUUCUUAAAUCAUCAUCUGCAUUAGGUUUACUGCAGCUUCAUUGUCUGAUUAUAAGAAUGGGAUAUGAAAACAAUGAAUAUGUUGAAAGCUCCCUUAUUUCCUCUUAUGGAAGGAAUGGCCUAGUCUCUGAUGCACUGGUCUUCAUUGCAGCUUCUGAAAUACCACUAUCUAAUGUUCAUUCAAAUACUAUUGCAGGAAUUUAUAAUAGAUCUGGACAGUACUACAAGACGUUAAAAUUACUUUCUGAACUUGAAGAGCCGGAUAGUGUUUCUUGGAACAUUGCCAUCGCUGCUUGUGCUCGCAAUGUUAAUUAUGAACAGGUUUUUGAACUUUUCAAAUACAUGCUUGUGGCUCAAAUCCGUCCAGAUAACUACACUUAUAUCAGUAUUCUAAGUUCAUGUAGUCAAAUUGCUGAUCUUGCUUUAGGUAGUUGUAUUCACGGUUUCCUCAUAAAGAACAAUUUCAAGUCCUGUGAUACAUUUGUGUCCAACAUAUUGAUAGACAUGUAUGGAAAAUGUGGGUGCCCUGGAAGUUCAUUAAAAGUUUUUGAUAGUGUUACAGAUAAAAAUCUUAUCACAUGGACAGCCCUAAUUUCAUCCCUUGGAAUAAAUGGCUAUGCCCAUGAAGCAUUGGAAAAGUUCAAAAACAUGGAAAAUCUGGGGAUUAGACCAGAUAAGGUUGCUUUCAUUGCAGUGCUUACAGCAUGCAGACAUGGUGCUCUAGUGAGAGAAGGGAUGGACUUGUUUGAGAAAAUGAAAAGUUAUGGUAUUGCACCACAAUUGGAUCAUUAUCACAGUCUUGUUGAUUUAUUGGUUAGAUAUGGAUAUGUUAAGGAAGCAGAAAAAGUAAUUUCCAGCAUGCCUUUCCCACCAAAUGCCCUCAUAUGGCGUACUCUCCUUGAAGGAUGCCAGAGAUAUAGAAACAAAGAGGAUCAAGUAGUGGGAAUGUAAACUUAAAGUUUUUCAGGUGAUUGUUGACGUGGAAGAUGAUGAAUCAGUAACAGAUGAAAACUGAAUACUGUUUAAUGGUAUUCGUCGUAUGGCGAUUUAACAAUGAAGUUCUUGUUCUAAAGCCAGUUGUCUAUUUAAGCUCCCAUGAUGGUCAAGCAGGUCAAUCAGCACUGCGCUCUGCUUGAUUUUAGGAUGCAAACAUGUUUAUUGUUAUUCAUCUGAUUUGGUCAAGCCUCAUAUGCUGCUGACAGCAUCAAGAUCAGCGCCAUUAUACACGUGUACGCCAAAUUCAUUAUUCACCGUUAGUACCCGGACAGAAACCUUAAUUGGGCUAUCUUCUCUUUCGUUCAGUUUAUACUAAAGGCUUCCCUAUGCCCCCUAUGCUCAAGGUCUGAGGCACGAGUCGAGCUCAACAGCCGGCUUCUUUUACGUGAGAUGGGGUAUACAGAGUCGAAACUGGAGUAUCAUAGAAGGAUAUCUAUGCUAAAUGGAGCUGCCGAUAGAUUGUCACCCGGUGGACCAGAUCCUGAACAUCAUUCUCAUUCUCCACGAAUUCCUUAAUAUUGUUAAUGAUCAUAUUUGUGUGCACUUUUAAGUGCAGAAAUUUUUGCUGGUUUUGUGCUAUUGUCUUAUUAUAUAUUCCAUGCAACACGUUGUCAAGAGUUCACUCUGAUUUUUGUGCU